GGCAACACUUCGAAUUUCCUGUUUUUCACUUUUCGUUACUCCGAAAUUUCAGGAGCACGUUGUUUCAUAGUAAAGUAUAAUAACUUCUCAUACAAAUUGCCUCAAUCAUGCCACAAAUGAGUGUGUCUGAAGUAUAUGAAGAAGUAGACAAAACUGAAGUUGAUCGCAAAUCUGGUACAGAAUCAGAAAGUGAUGAUUCUUCUCCCGAAGGUGAUGAAGCCGAUGCUGGGCAGUCCAGCACCACGAGCCAAAUGGCUCAGAUGGCCGGCCUUAGUGAAGAAUUAGUUAGCAAGGCUAAGCAAAGUCGAGGUGAGAAAAAGGCAAGAAAGCUGAUGUCUAAACUGGGCCUUAAACAAGUUCAGGGAGUCUGCAGAGUAACCAUUCGUAAGUCAAAGAAUAUCUUAUUCGUCAUUACUAAGCCUGAUGUUUACAAGAGUCCUGCUGGUGAUACAUAUAUAGUUUUUGGGGAAGCUAAAAUUGAAGACCUUAGUCAACAAGCUCAGAUGGCUGCUGCCGAAAAAUUCAAAGCACCUGAAUCUGCUGGAUUGGGAGGUGAUGGUCCAUCUCAAACUAUCGCCUCACAGCCUAUCGAAGAAGAGUCUGAAGAGGAAGGUGAAAUUGACAACAGCGGUGUGGAGAGCAAAGAUAUUGAGCUGGUCAUGUCCCAAGCUAAUGUAUCACGUAGCAAAGCAGUUAAAGCUUUGCGUAAUAAUAACAAUGAUAUUGUGAAUGCUAUUAUGGAAUUGACUAUGUAAUACUUAUCUUCAGUGUGCUAAAUUCAUUUAAAUGUUUCACUAUUAUUGUAAAAGAAAAACAACCAUAAGUAUCCUUAUAUUUACUUAUCCUUGUUAAAAAUGUAAUUAAAACAUUUGCUAAAUAGUUA